AUGGAAGCUAGAAAUAAUUUUAACCAAAAGGCUUUGCAGCCAUCUUUACAUACUAAAUGUUUGAGCAAAUAACAUUCUAUCAAAUCAGAGAAAAGAAUAAAAACAUCAUAGACUGAUCUAAUCAAAUCAGUGGACACAUAAAAAAUAAUGAGUGACUUUUAUGAUAAAUGCAAAAAUAGAUUAAAAGGAACUUAAAAUUUUAUGCAUGAAAGGAAUAAGUCUUAAUAAUUGUAAAGUGAUUCUUUGAUGCAUUCCAUUGAUAGUUGUCUCUCAUUCAGAAAUCAAAUCAAGACCACUUAGAGUUCACCUCCUGAUAAAUACUUCUUAUUUAAUACUUGCGAAAAGGUGUUGCAUCAAAAAAGUAAUGGGUCUAAACGUAUAUAAACUAAAUAAGCUGAAAAACUUCUUUUACAAUAAAUAAAUUAAAAUAAUAGAGCAGAUUUAUUAUAGAAGAUAGAAUAAUAUAUUAGAAAUUUUUUUACUGAAGAAUGCAAAGAAAUGGCUAAUUUAUUUGACACGUUUAUGAGAGAGUUAAAUUAGUAAAUAUCAGAUCAAAAAUAUUAAUUAACAUUACAUGAAAAACAGUUAGAAAUAUAAAAAAUAGAUGAAAUAAUUAGAAUGAACACUAAUCAUGUUUGGGCACAUGAAGAUAUGGAAAAAUAGCUGAUUUCAUUAAAGUCUUAAAACAAAAAUCAAUUAAUGCAGAUUUAACAAAACGAAAACGAUAUGAAAGAUUUAAGAGCUAAAAUUAAUUAGUAAAAACAAUAAUUAGAGUUAAAACAAAAUGAAAUUCUUAUUAAAAACAGGAAGAUCAAAGAAUUAGGAUUUGAAAUUCUUUAAUUACAAAGAAAAAUUGAUUACUUAGAAAAUAAAGCACACAAAGAUCAUAGAUAGUCUACUUAAUAAAUAAGAUAUUCAGUAUAUUAAAGCCAAUAAAUUGGAUCCAAUACUAACAUAAGUUAACAAGGUAACACAACUUCAAAUAAAGAAAACAAAUUUUCUUCCUUGAUCGAAGAGCAAUAAGAAGACUCUUCUCCAUCAAUUACAGAAGAAGAAGAUGAAGAAGAAAAAGAAUUGAAUUAAAUAGAAUUUAAUACUGAAAGGAUUGUCGAAACAAGGGAAAAAGAAUCAUAAGUAGGAUUAGAUCUCCUUCUCAAUUACACAACAACCAAAGAAGUUUAAACGCAUUUAAAUUUGACAGAGAAAAAGUUUGAUGAUCUGAACUAAGAUAUAUGUGAUCAAGCUAUUAAUUUUAUCGACUUCUUUAAUAUUCCAAAAGAUAAAACAGAAGGUGAUUUAUCUUAAACAAACAUUUCUUUUUUAAACAUCAAUGCAAUUGAUAAAUUAAAUGAAGAAGAGAUAGUUAAGUUCGUGGAUAGUUAGAUGUCUCAAUCUGGAAUACCAAAUAAUACACCCUAACUUGUAAGGUAAACAUCCAUUAAAACAAAUACUAAGAGAACCUCCAUAAUUAUUGAAAAAUAACCUUAAUAAACAUCAAUGAAUAAUAUCAAAGUUAAAAAUAUGAUCACAUUUAUUAAAUUAUAAGGAACAAAAUUAAUUUAACUAGAAAAUACUAUUAAAAACAGUAAUUCAGCAAUAGAGGAAUUAAAAACCAUUAAUGAUAAGUUAGAGAAUUAAAAUAGGGAGCUCAAAGAACAAAAUUCUAAAUUUAUUGAUUAAAUCACUAAUCUACAUAUUAAAGUUUCAGAUUUUGAAAACUAAAUUAUGUCAGAUGCUAUGGAUCUCAAUUAAGUACUUGCUUAAUAAGAGAAGAAACCAUAAAAUUAAAAAUAAAAUACAUUGGUUUAAAGGAAAAUUAAAAAGAUUGCCCCACAAUUAGGAUAAAAAGUGACAAUUAGUUAUGAUUUCUAAAAAAAUUAAUCAAAGUUGCUUAUUGAAAAACUCAAAUCUAAGUCAGUAGGAAAAUUCAAUAAUUACCUGCCUCUUAAGCUAGUCCUCAAAAUGAUAUCUACCUUUUACUUAGAAAAAAUAGCAAAUUAAAAAGAGAAUAAACUAUUAAGAGAUUAAGAUAUGGCAGCAUAUAUUUAUAAUUACUAUUUACAACAAUUUGGAUACACUAAGGUUACUGAACAAAGAUUUAUGAUACUUGUGCUGUCAGUUAGGAAAUAUGUGCAAAUCGUCAGAGUUAAUAUAUUUGCUAAAUUUAUGAAUAUAUUAGAGGAAAAAUCAAACUAUAGAGUUGAAGAACUAUAAAGAUAUUUGGAAGCCUUAGAAUAUGUUCAUAGUAUUUAAAAUCUUGGUAUCACUAUUAAAGAUAAUGAACAGGAAUAAAAACAUUAUAUUCCUUAUGUCCGGGCCUUAGCCUAUUUGGGGUAGUUACAAAAUUUUAAUUUUACUUAAGAGGAAUUAAAUUAUUUAAAAUAAGAUUUAGAAAAUUAAAAAGAACAUGAUCCAAAAAACAUCAACAAAGCAGGGAUAGUUGAUUUUGAUCUGCUUAUGAUAAGAGUAUUAACCAUAUUUAGAAACAAUGUAGAAAAAACUAAAUUAUAUGUUAUUAAUGCAUUUGCUGCAUGUGAUCUUGAUGGAAAUGGAAUGUGCAAUUUAGAUGAAUGGCUUCUUUUGAUUAGACAUAUUGAACCAGAUAAGUUUGAAGAAGAAAAAUUUGAAGAAAUUUUUGAAGAAUACGCUGAUUUAGUAGAGGAUGAUGAAAAAAAUCUUUCUUUUGACAGAUUCUCUAUAUUAUGUAUGGAACAUGAGCUUUUCAGUGAUGCUUAAUAAAAUAAGUUCCUAAAAGUCAAAAAUAAUACAGAUGCUGAAUAAAAUUAUGAACAAUUAAAGGAAAACUGGAUAUCAGUUUAUACUGAAUAACUGAAAAGAUUAAAUGAGAUAAAAAUGGAUGAAAUUGAUAAAUAAAAAUGGUAAAAAAUACUCAAUGUUUUGAACAGAAAAAUAGCUUCUGAAUAUAGUAGUAAAAAGCCCCUUCUUAUAGCCUUUAAAAUCUUUCUAGAAGAGUCUAAAUGA